UUAAAAACAAAAAGGAAAGACAUCCCAUUUAAAAACAUUAAGCACUAAAAGGAUUUAGUGCAUCUUAAUAAUUAAUCAGUCACGAUCAAACUUUUUUUUUUCUCUAGGUCUUCUUCUCUCUCGACCAAACGAUGCAGCCCCUAUCCCUGCUUGACAUGCGUGAAAUAUGCGUCUUAUGGAACGUCGAGGAAUGCCCAAACUGGGACAAAAGAUUUCAGGGUGCGGUUAAUGCCUUCUUGGCUUAUACUGAUACCCAACCUUCGCCUGAAUUGAUGGAUGGGUUGCCGACCUUCCUAACCAGAGGAGAUAAAGAUACAAUAGCUAAUACUAUUGUACAUCACAUUCUUAUAUGGGCACGGAAGAAUCCAGAACCAUCAGUAUCAACUUUGAUGUUAAUCUCUGAUAAUCUCUCAGAGGAAACCCUCACUGCUUGUCUCGCUUUGAAAGUGAGAGGUUACAGUUUUCUCUUAUUAAAUUCUGAUGAAUCGGUUGAAGAUGCUAGCCUGGAAUAUCUUAGCACAAGGCUAAUGGAGAUUCAGAAAAACUCUCUUACUUGAAGGGGAAGAAACUAUAAACUAUGGAUGCAGAUGAGGGGCUUAUAAUAAUCUUUGUUUUUUAAGUCCUUUAUUCUCGCUGUCAAGAGGCUUUGGUUAUGUGUUUCAAAUACAUUUGGGGCUAUAUCCUUGAUAUGUUAUAUUUGAUUUCUGUUUUGUUCUUGUAUCUGUGGGAGAGAGAGACACGUCUCUUAGUUCUUGUUUCUUAAUUAUUCUAUUUAACCAGUGUUGUUUUGUUUAGACUG